AGUUUCUACCACUUCCAAUUCAAGUGUCAUUUCAACAUCCAAAAAGCUUCAUACUUUAACUUUACCUCAAAGAGUGAUCAUUCUUUGCUUUGUUCUUAGCAACAAGUUUUUUUUUUUUGUUUGUCUUAUUUGGAAAAAAAUGGCUGAUCAGUACGAACACAACAAGCCCUCAGUUGAGGAGACUGGUGCCACUAUGGAGACUACAGAUCGUGGAUUGUUUGAUAAAUUCCUAGGGAAAAAGAAAGAGGAAAAUCCAACUCAUGCUCAUGAGGAACAGGCAAUUUCCUCUGAGUUUGGUGAAAAAGAACACAACAAGCACUCAGUUGAGGAGACUGGUGCCACUAUGGAGACUACAGAUCGUGGAUUGUUUGAUAGAUUCCUAGGGAAAAAGAAAGAGGAAAAUCCAACUCAUGCUCAUGAGGAACAGGCAAUUUCCUCUGAGUUUGGUGAAAAAGUAAAGGUAUCUGAAGGACACAAGAAGGAAGAGAAGAAAGAGGAGGAACAUAAGAAAGAAGAGAAGAAACUCCACAGGUCAAGUAGCAGCAGCUCUAGCAGCUCGAGUGAUGAGGAGGAAGUAAUAGGAGAGGACGGACAGAAAAUCAAGAAGAAGAAAAACAAGGGAUUGAAGGACAAGAUCAAGGACAAAAUAUCUGGUGAUCACAAGGAAGAAGUGAAAACAGAGAAGGUUGAGGACACGUCAGUUCCAGUUGAGAAAUACGAGGAUUCGGAGGAGAAAAAAGGAUUCCUAGACAAAAUUAAGCACAAGUUGCCAGGUGGCGGGCAGAAAAACGAGGAGGAAGUGGCGGCGCCUGCACCUCCACCACCAGCUGUGGCGGAACAUGAGGCUGAUGUUAAAGAGAAGAAGGGAUUUUUGGACAAGAUUAAGGAGAAAUUACCAGGAUACCACCCUAAGACUGAAGAAGAAAAAGAGAAAGAAAAAGAGAAGGAAGCUGCUGCAUCUCACUAAAGUUUGAUAAAACAUGCAAAUGAAUGUUUAUUUGUUGUUUUUUACUUUUGGCGUUUUGGGAUGUUAUGAUUGUGUUGGUUAAGCUUUGUUCAUUUGCUCCACUGUUUUGGAUUCUGAAAGAUAUUGUUACUGUAUUUUUGUAUGUAAGUGCAUAGUUUUUUAUGUGCUUAUGUUUAAAGCUUUGAUGAUAUGGAUUUGUUUGUAUGUAAGUGCAUAGUUUUUUAUGUGCUUAUGUUUAAAACUUUGAUGGUAUGGAUUUGUAAAAUGCAGUUGUUUUGUUUUA